AUGUAUCACACUGAGGCCAUAUGGUCAAAUUUAAAUUAUUUAUUUAAAUGUAAGAACAAUAAUUUAUUUCAGCAGCCAAUCGGGAACCAAAUGUUCAACACAAAAACAAAGAGAAGAGCCAGAAGAUGGCAGAAGGAUCAUUUACAACAACAGCUUGAGUUAAUCCUGGUGGGUUUAAGUCGUGUUGCACUUCGCAGACGAACCCUGAGGACACGUCUCCCAGACGUCAUCAGUCCGGCGGGGACGACGUCUCGUUGUGGUGAAGAUCAGGUUGUAGCUCGUUGUCUUCCUCACUACGGAAGGCAAAACGUUGCCACACCAGGAGGAUUUCAAACUUCUGUUGUUUCUCCAUCAUCUCCGACUCCGGCAGCGGCCAUGUUGUCCCGAAAAGUCGCACAAGCAGGCGGCGGGAGAUUACAGGGAGAAUCUCUGAUCCUAUUUUUGAUGUCGAAGGGCAGGAUGGGAAACUGGGAGCCGACAGCUGAGCGUCGCUCUGAUCUGCAGAGACACAUCGAUCGAUCAGGCCGCCUGCAGGUUCGGACAGAACUGACUCAGGAGAACUACCAGUCCUCCUUCAGCGUAACCCUCCACUUGGGCAUCUUCCUCCUCCUCCUCCUCUUCCUCCUGUUUCUCCCUGUCGAGAGGAUUCUGAUGAUGAGAAUAUGA